GGGGUUAUAAUUCAUUUUACUCAACCAGAUCGACGUUACAGCUGUUGAAAAUAUAGUUUUCUAAAAUGGGUUCAAAGGACUAAGAUGUUUCUUGGAUUUCUAAUUGCGUGUUUGACCAUGAACAUGGUGACAGGUUGGAAGUGGUGGGAAGAUCUUGUCGCUAGUGGACGCCUCGGUUGUCAGGACGAACACAUUUUGUUGACAAACACUUCCGGACAUCUGCGGCCGAUGUUUUCACCGUACGGACCGCCGAUUACGUGCAUGAAAUACUUUUUCGCUCCACACGGUCGAUACAUAUGCAUACAGCCAAUAGGUUCAUCAGUCCUCUAUAAUAUGAACGUAUUUGACGUCGGGGAAAACCAGACUUCCGUCUUAAUAGCAAGUUUACUAGAUAUCUCGUCUUCGAGAGUAGGCGACCCCCCUGGGAUCUGCUCGGAAUCCAAUACAAUGGUGGUUGAAUUUGUUGUCGCAGGUCAACUGUCUGUCUCAUACUUCACCCAGGCAGCAGCUACAGACAAUCAGCCAAGCUGUGGAGGAACGUUUGUCGAACCUAGCGGGAGUUGUAGUUCUCCAAACUACCCGUCGUCCUACAACAAAAACCAGGCGUGCCUGUACAACAUUUCCGUGCCCGGGGUGCGGUCAGUUUGUUUGGACAUAAAUCACGUGGACAUGCAUAACCCGUCGCAACUCAUUAUAGAACUGACAGAACUGGUGGGUUCCGACUCGACUGGAACAAACGUGACUAGAAAUCCCAUCCGAUCCAAGGGUACAUUGUGUUCCAAGAAUAACAAGAUGGUAGUCUACCUAUUGUCCGGGUCAGGCAAUAUUUCCACGCAUCAAGGAUUCCGGGCAACUUACAGAUCGCUACUUUGAUAAAAAUGACACUCGGGCAGUCGAUAAAGAAAUAAAAAUAAUGAUACAGCGACAUUUUGAAGAAGGCAAUACAACAAAAUCUGAUUAAAAUGAAUCCAUG